AUGCCGGAUAUCUGGCCAAAUCUCGUGCUCGAUGACUUCUUUGGCUUUUUAAGCGAUGAAGAUUGUGUUCUCUAUCGUGUAUCUCCGUAUUCUGAUGGAAGAGGAGGAGGUGGCGGCGGGCUCCUUUCGGAUCGUUCAGACACAAGUCGUGGACUAGUCACCGAAAGGCUCCUGAGCUCAACAACCGACGAGUCCCGACCCACACAGGACCCGCUCCACAUCUCUAUCGCUGACACCAAUCCCGUAUGCACGAACGCUGUUGACCUCCAACUGAAUGCUCCCGAAUCCUUGUUGUCUCGCGACGUCCAAAUAUCACAGCAGUCGCGAUCAUUACGCAAGUCUGGCGACGGACUCUUCGUUGUCCCCGAAAUCCCCCAGAAACUUCAGCAUCCAAGAGCAGAAACCCAAGGGACAUCUGUCAGGAAAGGAAUACUUCGGAGUUGUUCAAAUGAAGAUGAGUUAGAUGAUGAGAGGCUUGUGUUCAAUGACCGCCAGCCAUCAUUACUUCGACACAGUAAAUCCUGGAAUGAAGAGGUCACCGUAUCAAAAGCGACUCGUCGUCUUGCCUGCCCAUACCUGAAGUAUGAACCGGAAAGAUUUCAUCAUAGAUGCAGGGGCGCGGCCUACACAACAAUUCACCGUCUCAAAGAACAUCUCUACAGAGUCCACAAGCAGUCUCCCCACUGCAUUCGAUGUAAAGAGACAUUUACGAAAGAUUCGGAUGUGAAGGCACACCUAAGCCAUCCCGGACAGGGCUGUGACUUCAUCGAUGGCGUCUCUAUCGAAGGGCUCACUUCUGAGCAAUUCCAGAAGCUUAAAAGCAAGAAACGCAAGCCCGGUGUCACAACAAACGAAGAGAAGUGGCAGGAAAUAUUCAGGAUCGUAUUUCCAGAUGCGACGCGUUGCCCUGAUCCAUAUUACUCCUACUUUGAUGACCGCUCCGCGGAUCAGAAGACAGAAGUCAUGCACCAGAGCGACGUCGAGAGCAUUUUCAGCGACAUCCCCUCUGAAUCAGAAGAUCGCAUGUUUAAGAAGCUGGAGCGUAUAUGUGGCCCUUUGGAAAAGCGUAAGCGACAAAAGGUUCUCCAUACGUUUGAGAAUUUCUUCGAGGAAAGAGUACAACAAAUCAGGGAGAGCAAGGAGCUCUCCCGAGGCAAACAGAGCGUUGUGCAUCCUGAGAAGUCAAUGGCUGAUGGGCUCGUAAAUGAGAAUAUCGCCAUUGAGACAGAAGAAAGCAUCCCGGAAGCUCAAUGCUCUGCCGCGCGCGGGCGUUCAAAGGAGCCAUUCCAAUCCAUUCAUGAGAUAAUUUCAGCUACAGAAUGGUUUGAACAUUGCGACGCAGGUUGGUUUCAGGGGCACAUUGACUGCAAUCUCUUCAAUCUCCCGAAUGAAACGACUUUCAGCGAAGUGCCGCACAAUGGAAAUCAGCCUGACGAACGUGCCAAUCUCGGAAGAUCCCUCGAUUCGCAUAACGCAUUACGAGCUGAUGAAACGCCCUUCAAUUUCGAUACUCUCAUCGAUGACUUCGGGAGGGACGAGCAGGGGUAUGAACCCUUUGGAUCGACCGCCUGGGCAACUGGGGGCUCCAACUUCUGA